AUGGCACCCGAGGCUGGCGUGGAGGUCAUUGACUGUACAGACAAGUGGAUUACUCCGGGUUUCGUGGACACGCACCGCCAUGUCUUCAUGGCCGUCAUGCGCGGCAACCAUUGCGACUGGCUGCUGACCGAAUACUUCAUCAAGGAGUCCUGGACCGUCCAGGGCGACCUCACUCCGGACGAGGUCCGCAUCGGCACCCUCGCCGGCUGCCUCGACGCCCUCCACAACGGCGUCACCACCCUCCUCGACCACUUCCACGCCGCGAACACGCGCGCGCACCUCGACGCCGCGCUCGCCGCCACGCUCGAGUCCGGCGCGCGCGUCGUCUGGGCCCCCGCGCGGCAGUCCGCGCCCACGCGCCUGUACCCUUCGAUGGAGUUCGCGGACGACGCCGCCGCGCGCGCGUGGCAGCUCGACGCGCUCACCUCGCUCGCCCCGGAGCUGCGCGCGGACGGGCGCGUGACGCUCGGGCUCGCGUACGACGUCCUGCGCGGCGCAGAUGUGGCGCCGCACGUCGAGUUCGUGCGCGCGGCGCGGGCGGCCGGGGCGCGAAUCGUGACCGCGCACGCGCUCGUCGACGAGCACAUCACGGCCUGGCGCGACGCGGGGCUCAUCGGGCCCGACGUGGUGUUCUCGCACUGCAACAGCCUGCAGGGGCGCGCGGACCCCGAGGACGCGGUGUGGAAGGUGCUGAAGGAGAGCGGGGCGGGGAUCGGCGCGACGCCUGUGGACGAGCUCGGGAUGGGGCACGGGAACCCGGUCGCGUUGGAGGCGCUCGCGCGCGGGGUCAAGUGCGGGCUGGGAGCGGACGCGGUGUCGAUCAACGGCGGAGACAUGUUCACGCAGAUGCGCACGCAGCUCCAGUGGUCGCGCGGGGCCACGCACGAGAACAUCCGCAAGAACAAGCUCGCGCUCCCGUACAAGAACGAGUGGAACUCCGCGGACGUCUUCCGGCUCGCGACUCUCGGAGGGGCGGAGUGCUUGAACAUGGGGGACGUGAUCGGAACGGUCGAGGUGGGGAAGCGGGCGGACCUGCUCGUGUUCGACACCAACACGCCCAACCUUGGAGGGGCAGCAGACCCGGUCACGGGAGUGGCCUUCCACGCCGGGAGCGAGGACGUCGAGACGGUGUUCGUGGAUGGGGAGAUGGUGAAGAAGAACGGGAAGCUGGUUCGGAGCUGGGGUCCGGUGGCCAUGGAGCUGAGGAAGCACGCUGACGCGAUCCGCGAGCGGUGGUCGGCCAACAAGCUUGAAGGAGAGUGGAAGAAGUGGUGGGACACCUUCGGGUCGCCCGUGUGGUAG